AUGUCGGGGUUUUCCUUCAAUCUAUUAAAAACUAUUGAUCCACGAUUUCGUUUGGGCAAAUUGAUUUUUUCAAGAAAUAAACAUGAAAAAAUAUUGGAUACACCAAAUUGGUUUGUAUAUACAAUGAGAGGCUCCGUACCACACUUAACUCCCGAUAAUUUACAAACUAUUCCGGUUGAUGCAUUGGGGAUAACUCUGGAGCAUUUUCUUGAGGCGCAGCCUCCACCUUCAACUCAUUUUGUGGGUGGAAUACAUAAAUUUUUGAAUCUUGAAGAUUAUUUAUUGUUUUUUGAUGUUCGAGACUCUGGAAAAUUACAACAUAUUUCAUUCAAUACUGAUAAAUUUGUUUCCGUUGUUACUGAUCAAGGAUGUCGUAAAGUUACUCCUGAAGAAUAUGUAAGAUACAUGAAUAUAUAUAAUCCUGAUAUAUUUGCUAGCAUGGCGGAUUUAAUAUCUGUCAAGAAUCCAAGUUUGAAAAGGGUUAAGAAAUCCGUCGAUAGAACAUUAAAUUGGUUAGAUGAAACCUUGGAAAAAACAGAAGAAGGGAUCCAUGUAUUUGGUGUUGUAACUGGACAUGAUAGACAUGAAGAACGUGUGAGAUCAGCUCAAGAGACUGCAAGUAGAAAUGUAGCCGGCUUUGUGUUAAAUGGACUGGAUCUAGACAUGACUUCAAAAGAACGUUUAGAUUUAAUGAAAAUCUCACUCAACCAUCUACCAAAAAAUAAGCCUCGUGUAGCAUACGGUCUUGGGGCUCCAGGUUUGACCAUUGGAAUUGAUAUAUUUGAUACAAGUUAUCCUUCAGAAGAAACAUCUUUAGGACAUGGACUUACAUUUUUGAUACUUGAAAAUGGAAUUCAAAAUGAACAAGAAAAAUUCAUAAAUCUUUGGGAUAAUAAAUAUAGAACAGAUUUUAGACCAAUUUUAGAUGGAUCUGAAUUAAUAAAGCAAUUAACAUCUACUAGUAAAAUUAAGAGACCCUCUUAUAAGACCAUUAUAAACUGGGUUAAUACUUCGUGGAAUGCAGUUGACAUGGGUUUGAUUCAAUGA